UUUCCUUGAAUAAAUUUAGUGCUUUUGGUUCAGUAUUUCAAACUGCAGAGGGUUAGUUAUUGGAGCUUGACUUUAGUCUGCAGGUCUAAAGCUUUUCUUAGGCAAACCAGUUCGUGUGUGUGUGUGUUUGUGAAAACUGGCCAGGGGCAUUUUCACCAUUUUCCUUUCAGUGGCUCGUUUGAACUUGCACUUGCCACUUGGCUUGAUUUCAUCAUUGCGCUUCAGAUUUUUGGGCAUUUCGGUCGAGAUUCGUAUUGCCAUGAUGCAGCUGAGCUAUCGUGAACUCGAGGCGGACAUCGUUCGUCGCACAAAUGCCGUCUUUCCGGCUCAAAAUUGCUUUGUGGAGGUGCUUCCCGAUCGGUUGAUCAUUCCCAGGAAGUAUGUGGAGCUGGGAGAUUCCAUCCGAUCGCUACCCGUUUUCCAGGACGAUGUGUGGAUGGUCUCCUAUCCACGCACUGGAUCCACUUGGGCCCAGGAGAUGGUCUGGCUGCUGGGUCACCAGUUGGAUUACGUAGCUGCAGAGCAGGACUUGCGAUUGCGAUCACCACUUAUUGAACUAUCCGCCUUGUUUAGUACCGAUCACCACGAGGCGGUGGCCGAAAAGUUUGGAAAUACCGUGGAUUUGGUUCGCAAUCUGCCACGCCCCCGCUUCGCCCGCUCCCACUUGUCCUGGCCACUUUUACCUGAGCAAUUUGAGACGGUAAAGCCGAGGAUAGUCUACACUGCGCGAAAUCCCAAGGAUCUUUGUGUGUCCUACUAUCACUACUGUAAGCUGCUCCACGGAAUCAAUGGGGAGUUCGAACAGUUUGUGGAUCUCUUUCUGGAGGGCCAUACUCCGAUGGGAUCGUAUUGGAAGCACGUUUUACCCUUUUGGAAACGCAGUCUGGACGAGAAUGUGCUGUUCAUCAAGUACGAGGACAUGAUCAAGGAUCUGCCGAGUGUGGUUCGUCGCUGUGCCCAAUUCCUGGGCGUUCAGAGUCUCGUGGCUCCGAUGGCCAGUCUCCAGAACCUCUGCGAACAUCUCGCCUUUGACAAAAUGCGGAAAAAUAAGGCCGUGAAUCUAGAGAAAGUGCUACCGGAGUCAUCUUCCAAGUUCAUACGCAAUGGCAAAAUCGGAGACUGGCGUAAUCACAUGGGAAAUGAGAUGUCCGAACGAUUUGAUGAGUGGAGUGAGCAGAAUAUUCGUGGUGCUGGCCUCAAAUUUGAUUACGAGUGAAUUUAAUGAAACCUAUUAUUAUAUCCCAGUGUUUCUAACAUAUUAUUUCAAAAAGUACCGUAACAAGGUAUUUUAUGUUUAGUUUUAUGCAAAAAAAUAAAAUAAUUAAAAAUAAAGCAAAUUACUAUUUGCUUGAUUUAAUAAAUAUACAUAUAUCGGUGAGACAAUCAUUGGGGAUGUGGCUUGAUGAUGCUCCAAAUCAAAAACGAACCUUAACUCACAUGACUUUAGUUAAGAUAACGUCGAAAAUUAAC